AUGUAUCAUGACAACAAAAGCAGGGUAACCGCGUGGGUCCUCAGUCUUCCCGAUAUCUAUUCCUAUAAUCCGUCGCAAGAUCUAGAUAUAGCAGCAUCAGCAUCACCUGCCUGCAAACGCAAGCGCAAGCCAGUACAAGUACAGGAACUGAGCCCACCGCCAUCAGUACUCAGCAUGGACGCCGAGGGCCCUGAAACGCCCACGAAGAAGAGGCAAAGGCUACACACAGAUCUAGAUCUCACACCUCGGCCUCAAUAUGAAACCUCGGAUGACCCAGUCAAGGCACUAUCGCACGCAAGCUCCAGCGCUUCCGGUCGCACUCGCUCUACAUCGCCGUUGAAGAGACAAUUUCUGGAACUUCGGCUUGAUGAGAGUGGGUUAGAGACAAAAGCACUCAACGUCGAUGUUCUUCAAGCACUUCCAAAUUCAGAGGCGGUGUCUCUUUUACGCAUUAUGCGACGCAUUGGUAAUUGUAAAGGCAUCCUUCCUGAAGAUCUGCGCGACCAAAUUCUGCACAACCACGAUAUAAAACAAGAYGAUCUGGACGACUGGGAUUUGGCUUUUAAAGACUCGAAUGCUUUUGCCAACCUCCCGGGUCGUAUCCCGUCAGCUCAAGAGAUCAAGCUGUUAUACGGCUCGUCCACACAAGAACUGGCUACCGAAGUCGAUCGGCUCUAA